UCCACACGCUACCUCUUUGCCUGUUUUGCCUGCCCGCUGUUUCUCCUGAAACCGGACUUCUCUCUCUCUCGGCCUAUAAACCGCCGCAACAAGAACAAAACAUAAAGGAACCUCAAUUGUCUCUCUCUCCCAGACAAAACAAGAUUCUCUCGUCAAAAUGGCUGAUGCUAAGACCAAAGUAGAAUCUUUCCGGGAAUGGGUUGUUGACCACAAGCUUAGAACUGUCGGGUGUCUAUGGAUUAGUGGUAUUGCGGGUUCAUUCGCCUACAAUUGGUCGAAACCAAAUAUGAAACCCAGUGUCAAGAUCAUUCAUGCCAGGUUGCAUGCACAGGCUCUCACCCUGGCUGCAUUAGCCGGUGCUGCUCUGGUUGAAUACUUUGACCACAAAUCUGGAGCGAAGGCUGAACAAUAUGCAAAGUUCGUCCCACCCAAGGACUGAAACAUUCAAGAUACGGGGCCUCCAAUGAAAAGAUAACAACAACCAUAUUUCCUUGAAUGAGCGUUGGUUUUGUUCUUUCUUAUCUUCUGGUUGUAAUUGAGUUAACUUAAUACCCCCAAUGAUUUAGCAGUCAAAUAUCCAAUGAGAGAAUGAAGUGAAAAAUGGUUUGUUUUCAAGUUUUUACUUCUAAGAAAAUAGGAUGACAACAGAUAUUCUAGAGAGGGAUAAGUGGUGAAUGAGUGGAUUAUUCUGAUGAUCACACCAAUUAGCAGUUAAUCUAUCACUAGUUUCAUUGUUUAAUGAUCUUUAAUGAAGUUUGAUGUUGAAAAUUA